GCAGCGGGACCACGUGAUCAGGGCGGAAACUGACUCAUAGUCCACGCUGAAUCUCCCGCGAACGCAGCCAUUUACUCUUUUUUUCUCCAGGAGGUAGAACCGAAAAAUCGCAACCAUGGCGGACUCAAUGGCACAGUGUGUACCGGUGGCGGUGUUUAAGUUGGUGUUAGUAGGAGAUGGAGGAACUGGGAAAACUACUUUCGUGAAGAGGCACAUCACAGGGGAGUUUGAGAAGAAAUAUGUUGCCACUCUUGGAGUCGAGGUGCAUCCUCUGAUGUUCCACACAAACAGAGGACCCAUCAAGUAUAAUGUGUGGGACACAGCUGGUCAGGAGAAGUUUGGCGGCCUCAGAGAUGGCUACUACAUUCAAGCUCAGUGUGCUAUCAUCAUGUUUGACGUCACUUCUCGAGUCACCUAUAAGAACGUGCCCAACUGGCAUCGUGAUCUGGUCCGCGUCUGUGAGAACAUUCCCAUCGUCCUCUGCGGCAACAAAGUGGACAUCAAAGACAGGAAAGUCAAAGCCAAGAGCAUCGUGUUUCACCGCAAGAAGAACCUGCAGUACUAUGAUAUUUCUGCCAAGAGUAACUACAACUUUGAAAAGCCUUUCCUGUGGUUGGCGAGGAAGUUGAUUGGCGAUCCCAACCUGGAGUUUGUGGCCAUGCCUGCUCUCGCUCCCCCAGAGGUCCAGAUGGACCCGACCCUUGCUGCUAAGUAUGAGGAAGAGCUUCAAGUUGCAUCACAAACGGCACUCCCAGAUGAAGAAGAUGACCUCUAACCUGUUACCUGGUCUCUAACCUCUAUCACCCCAACGUCGACAGGAAGUCUUUGGAUUUUUCCCCCUUUACUGUAAAAUCCCUUUUCAGAUUUUUUUAUUUUUGAAUUUUUUGGUUUCAGAUUCAAGAGGAAAGGAAAACGAAACAAAAAGUUGUGAUUCUAAUUUCGUUGUAUGACACACCCACCCUAGUGUUGUUGUUGGUAUGGCGAUGUGCUACUGUUCAUCAAGCACCCUCCACUGCACUUACCCAGCUCACAUAAUGCUGUUGUAUGGUGUAUUGGAAACGCUAACGGGAGUAAACUUUGAAUAAAAACAUUCUCAAUAUA